UCGCAACAAAUGCUUGCUCGCUUACGAAUUUAUAGACCAUCUAUUAACUGACCAAACUCGGUUAUUAUGAUAAAGUCCCUGUGUAUGUGAAUAUCUACUUCCAUUUGUAUAAUUUUAUCUGUAUAUCAGGGUUGCAAUUUUUGUACGGACAAUUUAUUGUUUUGUCGUGUUCUUGUUUAAACAAUCAUACUCUGGAUUAUACGCAUGCACAUCUGUGAAGUUUGUUUUACUAUUUUACGGAGGAUUCAUAACAACUCAAUUUCUAGAAAGAAUAAUAUCAAGAUUUAAUGAUAACAAUACACAAUGCCCGAUAAAAAGCAAAUUGUAAGUUACGUAGCGAUCGGACUGUCCGGACUCAACGUGCUAUUCUGCAUCUUGGCUCUGGCCCUGAAUUCCUGGCUUGACAACGGUCACUCAAGUUUUGGUCUCUGGGAAGUAUGUACCGGCAACGCUUGUGUUUCUUGGGAUAUUGUUGCAGGAUGGAUGGAUGCGGUACGAGCCUUUGCAUUUCUUGGUCUGUUUGCGAUGGUCGGUGCCACAGUCACAGCAGUGCUUUACGAGUUCAUUAUCAAGGGCAACAAUAUACUCCUGUACCUGACCCUUGGCCUGGCAGCAGGCGCUGGAUUCUUCAUGAUGAUUGCUUUCUCCGUAUUUGCCGAUCAUUCCUCAGGAAGUUAUGGCGCAGCGUUUGCUCUGUGUAUCAUCGCAUGGCUUAUAGGGUGGGCAGUCGCUGGACUGUGUGUCCUUAUUAUGUUUUUGAACAGAACAACGUAACAUCGAACCUGCGUUCAAAUACUAUUUAAUGUACAAUGUUUACGAUUUUAUUUUUGAUAAACGUGUAUUCUUUCAUUAUGUUUUAAUCAAGAACUUCAAUUGAAAUUGCUAAUACGGUAUUAUAUUGUCUAACAGAAUAAAAUUUAUUUUUGAUAAGCGCUCGUGGGUGUGUGUGUUCUUUUUAACGAACAUAAUAUUGAUACUAAAACACACGUAUGAUCAAAAUGAAUAUAUAUUGAAUUCCAAAAUGGCUUAAGAUACUUCUAAUAAACCAUGCAGAUGAUUAUUGUACCUAAAGAUGCAGUUUCUUUAAGCAUUGCACUUGUUAAGGCUAUGUGUAUUUUGCUAUGCAUGUAUGUUUACUUCGUGACGUUUAACAUGUAAUCUUUUAAUGCAAUAAUGCACGUAAUGGUUGCUACUGUUUUGCUGAACUUAUUAUAAUAUAUAAAUGAAAUAAUACCAUCGAACUUCCGAACCUUUGUUUAAUGAAACAAAAGUGAUGAAUAUCACAACCAUUCUCAAAAUAUUCUGAAUAUAUGUCAGCAUAGGCUGUAAAGUAGUCAUUUUAUGUUAAGUUGAAUGGCCAUUCUAUGCAAUUAUAAGGACAUGCAUAUUGACGUUGGAUUAUAAAAAAACAAGUCAUGAUAAAGAAAAGAUGAUUCCUUAAUGCAACGAUGAAUGUCAUGGUUGCUACUAUUUGCUGAACUUGUUAUUAUAACAGUUUUCAUCUUAAUGCAGUGGCACUUUAAAACAUUAUUGAUUAUAAAGUGAUUGAAAAUAAAUUGUUACUUCAAGUAGGAUUCUGUUUAUGCAGGUGUUUAAGACUACGUGUUAAAUCGUAUAUUACCUGCCAUAUAAUGAUUCUGAAUAACUGGGGAAAAUGGCUGUAUUGUUUUAAUGUCGUCCUUGCUGUUUACGCCCGUGUCUUCAUUUAACGUUACUGACCUCAUGUAAAAAGCUACUGGUCAAUUAUGAAAAAGACACGCUUGACUUGGAGUAAGCCAAUUAAAAGGAUAAUCUGUACGAAGAAUGAUAAAUACUGUUAUUUUGUUCAUAUGAUUCCUAUUUUUUAUAGUUAUAUUCUAAUGUUCAUGAAUAUGCAAUUUUUAUAACGAGUAAGCGUUUAAAAUUGAAGAGUUGGUUUAAAUUUUGUCAGCCGAGACCUGUUGGUUUGACCACAUGUUAAUCAAAUGAGCUUACACUAUGGAUUAUUAAUAUCAGGAAAUUCAAUGUAAAGAAAACAUACCAUUGCACUUUAGAAAAUUUGUAACAUGAAACAAAAGCGAUGCCAAAUAGGAUUAAUAUCUUAAAUAUUUUAAAAAUAUGUGUAAUAUUUUUGAAGAUUUGGAGUUGCAUGUUUAGUUAACAAGUUAUGCAAUGCAAUAAUCAGAACAUAACUAUUGAAGUAGGAUUAUAAAAAUAUCAAGUUAUUUUUAAUAGACAAUCGAUUAUAUUUGUAAACAGUUUUAAUGAAAUUGAUUUACCAUGUCAUGACUAUUCUGGAAGGUUACAGUACAAUGGAUGUAUUACUGUAUUUCUGUAAAUUUGGUCUUCGAACAUCAACAUUAUGUGAGCUCAUUUUGAUACUUAUAUGGCCGUAAAGCUUAAAAUCUUGUACCUGACAGUAUCCCUCUUACAAAUGCCUCAAUUAUUGACCAGUGUACGAGUUCUACAUUCCAAUUUUAGCGAUGAUCAAGACACAAUAAUGUAUCGAUGAAUCGAAAUCGUUUUUCCGUUAUCGAUUAGUUCUAUCAAGAUAGAAGGCUCCUACAAAAGUUUAUAUCGAGCAUGUGAAAAGUACCAAUUCUUUUAUUUUGUUUCAUACGGAACAAAGCAAAUAGGUAAACAUUGUUUUGUCUUUAUGGCAUGUUUUAAAAUAUGGUGUAGCAUGCAUACUUGAACGUGAACAGCAUAACUUUACAAUAUAUUCACACCCUUAAUAAAACGCACCUACGACUAGAUUUAAGUAUCGUUUCCGUUAUAAAUCUUAAUAAAAUGAAGUCUGCACACAUUCCAAAGUAUUAUCGUUAAAUUCCGUUUACGUGUAGCUGUUUAUAAUGUUAGUGAUACAGAUAAACAAACACAAGCUGUGUUCAAACAAUCUGCCGCUCUUUAAGGCAUUUAUUACUGCAGGAGAUAAGAGUUCGAGUUUAAGAAACAUCGUUUAAGCAUUAUAAUGUUAACACAUCGCCUGUUUUAUUAUCUAAAACGUCUUUAUAAUUAGAUUUUUAUGUUCUAUGUUUUAUGACAUGUUUUAUGUACGUGUAUGUUCAAAUCAACAUUCACGAACAUAGCAAAACAAAACAAGUAUCUGUUAUUUACAAAUUGCAUUUUUUUUAUUUAGCCUGAUGGAAUCGUGUCCGUGUUCUGUCGCUGGUCUAUUAAUGUUGGUUUACCCAAGUAUCCAAUGAUAAUGUCGCUCCUCUGUAAAUAAUUCAAAGAUGUACAGUCUAUUUGUGUGUUGUUCUAGGCGGUCAUGAAACGGUUAUAGAGGAACUCGUUUAUCGUGAAGGAAAGAACAAACACAAUAUUGUUGAAUGCAACAUGCCGUUUAUUAUAAAAUGCAAUGAAGUGGAUUAAAACGAACACAUUCUUUCCUGAAUGUUAUAAAUGGAGGUAUGCACAUGCCAAUACAUGCCGAUUUAGAAAACCACAAUCUGAUGCCACAUAUCAAAUAUAAUAUCCGUGCGCUUUGUUUUACAAGGCAAUUGGUAUGUUAUUGUGUUUGAUAUUCAACAUGUGACGUCCACAAACCCUGUCUGUCAGGGCCAUUUGUGAUACUCAGGGCAAUAAUUUGAACAAGCCUAGUUGUAUUAUAUUGAAUAAAACAUAUGACAUGG